GGUGGGCAAUUCCACGGGCAUCGUAACUCGUACCUUUCAUUGGAAUCGGUUUCUUCUUCUAGUAUAUUAGAGUUGUUCUUUCCAAAAUCUUUCAAGAUAUUCCUCAAAUCCAUAACACCCAUCUUUUAGAUUCGUCAUCAGAAGAUCAGUAGAUACUGAAUUUUGUAUCAAUUCUUCCCAGUGGGCCAAAAAAAAAAAAAAAAAGCCAAAAGAGAGCUACAUCCACCCUAACAAAUUGAGAUGGGUGUGAUUCUGGAAGAAGCGGAAUCCGAAUUCGACAACGACGUCGUCAUGGUUCCACCCCCAAACUUUGCAACGGUGGAAGAUAACAGCAUUUAUCGCUCUGGGUUUCCUCAGCCUUCCAAUUUUCCCUUUCUGCAAUCCCUCCAGCUCAAGUCCAUACUGUGCUUGUGUACCGAGCCGUAUCCAGAAGAGAAUUUAGAGUUUCUCAAAGCCAACAACGUCAAGCUUUUUAAAUUUGGAAUUGAUGGCACUAAGGAACCAACAGCCAUUCCCAGGAGUACCAUAACAGAGGCUUUGAAAGUUCUAAUUGAUGUACGGAAUCACCCAGUACUGAUUCACUGCAGACGUGGAAAGCAUCGAACAGGUUGUCUUGUUGGUUGCCUUAGGAUAUUGCAGAACUGGUGUCUGUCAUCUGUUUUGGAAGAGUACAAGCAUUAUGCUGGCACAAAGUCAAGGCCAACUGACUUGCUAUUUCUGGAGAAGUAUGAUGCCUCAUUUCUGAGGCAUUGUCUUCAGAACCUCAUAUGCCAGUAUCAAGGGUACGGUUCAAGGAAAAGGCGCCUGCUUUACAAAGAAGAUUUAGUACAGAAGCCCCGGAUAACUUCUGCUUAGUGGUGAUACUCCCGUCCUGGUUUUAUUUGGAUAGGAUGAUUUUCUUCCAAGAAUUAGCACCACCUCGAGAUUCCUUAUCCGUCUCUCCUUUUUGCUGAUUCUUUUGCACAUACAUUUUAGUUAGGGUGCUUUUUCUGUGAAAAGCAUCAGACAGCUUUGAUUACUUCUUUUGUAUUUUUUUUUUCCCGCAAUUUGGAUUAGAGGUAUUGCUGUUGGAUUUCAUCUAUAAAAAUUCUAUGAAGAAAUCUGGAAUUAGAUUUUCAUGUCUUUCGUC